AUGACGAUCGAAGAGCAGCCCGAGCAGUUCAACAACACACGCAAAGCUGACUUCAGAUCAAUCUACAACCAGCCCGAUCCCCGCGCCUACUUCGCGGCACUAACGCCGCUGCAAUACCAAAUCCCGCAACAGGCACUUCCCUUUAUCAAGCGCGUUCUCCAGCAUAUCUCAACCGGCGACCCAUCUCCAACCUCCAACGGUGAUGAUGUGGUGACCACAGUAAACAAAGUCAAGGUUCUGGACGUAUGCUCCUCCUACGGCAUCAACGCUGCCCUCCUCCGCCACGACAUCGAUAUGGACGGCCUGGCGGAGCACUACGCCUCCACACCUAAACUCUCCUCUCGUGAGCAGAUUGAGGCAGACGAGCGGUUCUUUGCGGCACAUAAAUUGCAGCGCGACCAGGGCUCGAAUAACGAUUUCGAGGUACUCGGCUUAGACGUCGCACCCGAGGCAAUAUCAUAUUCCGUUAAAAUAGGCCUCCAAGAAGCCGGCUUCACAGAGAACCUCGAAACCCACGACCCCUCACCAGACCUCCGUCAAGCACUCCGCGAUGUAAACCUCGUGGUGUGUACCGGCGGCGUAGGCUACGUCGGCGCCUCCACCUUUACCCGCAUCGCUGCCGCAGCCAAGGCAUCUCCUUCGUCGCCCUCGCAGUUGUGGAUGGUGACGUUUGUGCUGCGCGUCUUCUCGUUUGAUGAGGUUGCGGAGAGAUUGAGGGCGGAGUUUGGGCUUGUGACGGAGAAGGUUGAGGGGAGGUUCGAGGGAGGAGCAGAGGGCUGCGGUGGAGGAUGUUAG